CAGCAGUAACGUGUUCCUGUCAUGGCAGCCACAUGCAGCAGGGCGGAGGUGCCUUAUAGAUUCCGAGUCUGGUGACAUGCUUUGACUGAUGCCUUUCAAGAGACCUGCCGUUGGUCUUGCUUUCUGUUUGUUCUACGUGGCUUCUUAUUUCACCAACAAGUAUGUCCUAUCUGUCCUGAAAUUCACCUACCCAACACUUUUUCAAGGGUGGCAGACGCUUGUUGGUGGAUUUCUCUUACAUGUUUCCUGGAAAAUCGGCUGGGUUGAGAUCAGCAGCAGUUCAAGGUCUGAAGUAUUGUCAUGGCUUCCAGCUUCUGCAGUUUUUGUGGGUAUUAUUUAUUCAGGUUCCAGGGCAUUAUCCAGAUUGCCAAUUCCUAUCUUUCUUACCUUACACAAUGCUGCAGAUGUUCCAUUUUAUGGAGUGGAAGCAUCAGUGCAGAAAGAGACUUCCGCCCUAAAACUCUGCAGAGUGCUAAUUCUUCUGGUGGCAGCAGUGGGGCUUCCUUUCUAUGACCCACAGUUUGAUACAGAUGGCUAUUUUUGGGCCCUCAUACACUUACUAUGUGUUGGGGCUUACAAAGUAUUUCACAAGUUGUGGAAACCAAAUUCUCUAAGUAUCUCUGAACAACAGUACAUAAACUAUGCAUUCAGCGUGGUGAUGUUGGCUUUUGCAUCCCACCCAACAGGUGAUCUCUUCAGUGCCUUGGAAUUUCCACUCCUAUACUUCUACAUCUUUCACAGCAGUUGCCUUGCCAGUGGACUUCUGGGAUUUCUUCUGACUUUACAUACUAUGAAACUUAAAAGCAACAGCUCCUCAGGACAGUAUAUAGCUUGGAAUUUCUUAGCAAAGGUUAUCACAGCUGGUCUGUCUCCAUUCUUCUUUGAGAUUGCAGUGAAUGUACCAACUGCCUGCUGUCUUUUGCUUGGUGGAUUUGCUGAAGUCUUGCUUCUUUACAUUGAAAAGACUGGCACGUGAACACUGGCAAGUGAGGAAGAUGACUCCCAUUGAAAAGUCUGAGAAUAAGCGAUCAUGAAGACACGUAGGCAAACAGCGAGUUACAAGUGCUGUCCCAUGGUGGCUUUCUCAGAAAGAAGUCCCCUUCACACUGAAACCUAGGCAACGGCUAUAGGGUAGAGUAGGAUUCAUUCUACCUGUGUCUGUUUUCUGAGCCAUAGCUUCUAUUAAUAGCAACGCAGAAAGAUGGGAUUUGAUUCUUUUUUGUGCCAUUAUGUUCAAGUGAAGGAUCAUCACUAAACCGGGACUUCUCUGGUACUAGCCAAACAUUCCCUACUUCUUCUCUCCUCAGGGCCAAUCUUAUAGCUGUAGAACUCUAUUCAGAUUACAAUUGUUUCUUUUACUGCAGAAUGGAAUAAAUUACCCAAUUCCCCUUCAUGAAGCGCUACAAUACAGUAUUCUGAUUUCUGAUGUUUUGCAGACGUACGUGCGGUCCUCAUCAGCCUGGGGUGCACAUUAUCUAGGUAAUAUACUGUACUUUCCGCUUCCCUAUCCUCCUCUGUCACCCCCUGGGAAGAUGUCAGCAGCACAAGUGUGUUGGAAGAGUGGAUCCAUUGGCGAGCAUCAGUACCAAACAAUCCUGGGGGGCCAGUGGUGCAGAUCCAAUGACCUCUCGUUAUGAUCUGACCCUCACAUGCAGUAGUGCUAUGUUCUGUGACACUGAAGCAGUGUGGAAUGCGGCUAAGGCAGUGUUUUUUAAACUUGGCAACUUUAAGAUGUGUGGACUUCAACUUCCAGAAUUCCCUAGCCAGUAUG